CUACUCUUUUGGUUCUCAAUAAGAAUUCUGUGUGUUGUGCGAUCAGCCUAUCAAUAUUAUUCUCAAUAUGCAGUUCUUCAAUUUGCCUUUCGUCGUUUCCAUCAUCUUCCUGUUGUUCGUUUUUGUCGUUCCAUCGACCCACGCCCAAUCGUCUCAAGAAGAAUCAUUUUUCCGGCUCCAGAAAUCUGGUCGUCCAAUGAUGAAAGCAUUCCUAAAUCGUUUCCCAUACCACAAUCCAAUGUUCACACUUCGUGAAGAAGGUGGACGUCAACGACCAUUCUCGGGAUUCUGAAUUUCAAUUAUAACUCUGAUAUAUUUUUACGAUGAUUUUGUUGUUGAUGAUGAUGAUAAUGAUGACAAAAUGAGAAAAACGAGAAUAAAAUUUACUUUUGUUAAAA